CUUGACAACGUCGUCUUCCCAGAGGGGAGCCCUAACCUUCGAUAUCUCCCACAAGAACGCUCCUAUCCUCGCAACCCGCUGAGGCACCAUUGUUACCAUUCUUUUCUGAUUCCUGAACUGCAUCAGGGAUUUGUCGAGCCUGCUGUUCUGGGUCAAAGUAUCCAAUGCUCUUGGUGCCAGCCAGCGUUACCCGCCAUUAGACAACAACAGCGAACAACUGGUAGCAAAGCAUCUUCACCUUUUUGCGUCACUCCACUAACGCGAAGGUAGCAUUUUAAGGCUAAGAGUCGACUGUCGCAAUCCGUCACGUGGCGAAUAUGUGAGUGCUGAUGCGCUGAUGUCCAGACAUAUAUACGGAAAACACCGACAGCGACGCCCGUUCAUACAUCUGCUAUGCCGCCUUCGCCUGUCCAGGCGUUGCUGACACCAUCAUGACUUCGCUACUCGCGCAACUAGAGGCCGAGCUCGUCGACAUGAACAGCCCCGACGUUCCCAUGCCGAAAAUCAGCUGCAACGCCAGCGGCCCAGGCAGGGCUCUGAUAUACAGCGUACUGGAAGAACGCAUCCUAGUGCAACAUAGCAUGCGUCCAACAAGGGUCUACUUGAGGACCCACGAGCCUUUCGGAGACUUUGUCGUCGAAGACAUCCUCUCCGCACCGACAUCCGUCAGCUGGGACGAUGAGGCCAUCCCGCUCAGCAUCGCUCAGCGCGCAGAAUGGGUGCUGCGCGGGUACUCCGAGAAGAGGACCGCCUACCUGCAGGGGCUGCUGCACGCCGCCCUCGAGGCCAGAGCAACGCGCUCUGAGAUGGACUCGUGCGCUGUGGACGGAGCGGCAGGACAGACGCACGAGGUCGUGGAGGAUGAGCAUAAGGAGCAAGAGGUCGCAGAGUGGUGAGACGAUAAACAAUUGACUAGCGAUCCGGGCCAGGAGGCGCAAUGCCGGAGGAAGGGCAACCCAGGAUGCAUCGUCGCCAUGGAUGGGCGUGUACGUUCGAGCCAGGUCGUUUGCAUUGCUGAAAGGGAAUGAAGAGCCGUUCAUAGGGCGGAUGGAGCGAGGGACAAGUGAUAGUGAAUCGAAAAAAGCGUAUUCUUGGGCCGUCACGCGUCUAAGUUUGCUGGCGAGGAUGCUUUUCUUCUAUCAUAGCAAGUCGUUCGUAGUUUCCUCAUACCUGCAACGUCGUGUGUAUCUCGAUUUCCUACUCUCUUGAUUACCAUACUCGGCUCGGUUCCCUUGGGCUCAUACGUUCCUGUUGCUCGACCUUGGAGGAUUUUCGGUAGCUACGAACUCGCUAGACAACAUGCCCGUGUACUCAUUUUGUGAUCACGAUGUAUUCGACUGACAAUUGCUUGCCCUUGGAUUCUCAGCUGCAACUAAUCUGCACGUAUUCAGCCGUCGGUACCUCGUACACGAGAAGUCAUCUGUGGGAUAACGCGCAAGGGAUCUCAAAUCUUCGGCUAAGCGAGAUAACAAAGGCUGUUUCGCAGACGCGGCGCGAUACGUCGAUCGACCCCGUCGUAGAUGCCAACAGCUUGGCGAGUGGCUAGAAAGCGUGAACAUAAGUGUUUGAAACCCGAGUUGAUGAUACCCGCGAUUACUCCAAAGCGAUAUCCCGCUGGCGGGAGAUCUUCGUCCGCGACCGAAGCUGCCUCGCGAUGAACAAAUUGCGAGGCUUCGCGCUGCACUCGAGGGCAGUGUCGCGACUCGCUUGGUCAGAUGCCUUCACCGGGUGUCGGAUUUACCCACCACUUAUGCCUUUGCGCUGUAUAGGCAAGCUGCUAUGGGUGAGUGAAU